ACGGUGCACUUUUAUUUCCGCAGCGUCGAUUAAACGAACACCGAGUGACAACAAGAGGUUCCUACAUCACCCCGAGAACUAAUAUAACAUCUCACAGGGAUUUAUUGAAGUUCUGGUUCCACUCGGGCAGCAUUAUUAUUGUUGUUAUUUUUAUCAUCAUCAUCAUCAUCAUCAUCGUUAUUAUUAUUUUCUUUUAUUUUUUCUUCCACUCUGUGUGCUUGGUUUCGUCAUCUCGACGCUCUGAAGCUCCGAGUCUGGGCGGAUAAACGACUAGUUAUCUGUCCGAGUUGGACAUUUUUUUUUCUGUGUGUUGUUGUUCACCCCUUUCGGUCAGUUGGCGGUACAGUCCACUCACACAGUGGCUCACGAGUCAACCGGGCGCCCUGAUAGCCCUCAGGAGGAAGUGCUUAUCCUGGAAAUGGAGGAUAUUUUGCUCGUCCAAGUCUUGAAAGUUUAAAUUUUGCGCUGCUUUCCCCCCCUCUCCGAAACGCGAGGUGCGGCCAUGUGUGACGAAGCGGUGCGUCAGACGCGCAGUCAGAAGCGGGCUUUAGAGCGGGAGGCUCUGCCCGUGGACUUGGAUGUGAAGAAGGUGAAGCUGGAGGGUGGAGACAGGGAUGAUCGGCCCGUGCUGCGUCCCAGACCCGAGGCCUCGGCGCGCAGCUCCAAUAUCCUGAGCGCCGGCGAGGUGAAGGCCACCAUUAAAGUGGAGCUGCAGACCAGAGACGAGCCUGUGGAUAUGAGCACCGCUAAAGGCGACGUUAAGAAAGAGACGCGGCCUCCGUCACCGGACGACGUCAUCGUUCUGUCCGAUAACGAGCCGUCCAGCCCACAGAUGAACGGCGUGAGCCACUUCAAAGAGCUCGACAUGGACCUGCUCAUGAGGAGCAGUCCUGAAGAAAGAGUUCGUAUUAUAAAGCAACUGAAGGAGGAGCUGAGGCUAGAGGAGGCCAGACUGGUAUUGCUGAAGAAACUCCGACAGAGCCAAAUACACAAGGAAACCAAUGUACAGAAGCCCUUAGGUUCGGGCUCUGUGGUCACGCCCCCUCCUCUGGUGAGAGGCUCGGUGACCAACAAAGGAACUCAGCCUCAGGUUCUGCCCAGCCGGAGCUCAGCGGGGGUCAUCCCUCCUCCUCUGGUGCGCGGCGGCCAGGUGUCCAAACACGGCUCGCAAAACUCCCAGAUCAUCAUGCCGCCACUGGUCAGAGGAGCUCAGCCAAUCUCAGUGACACCACAGCAGAUAGCGACUCUGCGGCAGCAGCAGCAUCAGUACUCCAGCUCAGGCCCUCCACCCCUGCUGCUGGCCCCUAGAGCCUCUGUGCCCACUGUUCAGGGUCAGAAAAUCAUCCAGCCCAGCCUCAUUCGCGUGGCCAAUGUGUCUAAUGCCAAUCUGCUCGUUAACAUCAGUCCGUCCACCACCAACCUGAAGACAUCCUCCGGGGGCGCUCAGAGCACCGCGGCAAGUGCCAGUGAGUCUCCCGCUAGCCGGCAGGCGGCGGCUAAGCUGGCGCUGCGGAAGCAACUGGAGAAGACUCUGCUGGAGAUUCCUCCUCCCAAACCCCCCACCCCUGAAUUCAACUUCCUGCCUUCGGCAGCCAAUAAUGAGUUCAUCUACCUAGUGGGCCUGGAGGAGGUUGUGCAGUGCCUGCUGGACGCCCUGGGGAGAGUUAAACAGGGAGGUUCUCAGGCUUCUGUUUCCACGGAGCCGUUUACAUGCACUCAGUGCAAGACCGACUUCACCUGCCGCUGGCGUAAGGAGAAGAGCGGUGCCAUCAUGUGCGAGCAGUGCAUGUCCACCAAUCAGAAGAAGGCCCUGAAGGCCGAGCACACCAAUCGACUGAAGGCAGCCUUCGUCAAGGCCCUGCAGCAGGAGCAGGAGAUCGAGCAGAGGAUCCUCCAACAGGCCUCCUCUCCCGUCUCGCAUCCGCCUUCCUCAUCUUCCUCCUCGUCCUCGAGCCACGUGGUGAAGGCGGAGCAGCAGGUGAUCGUCACUCAUCAGAUCAAGCAGCGCUCUUCUUCCUCGCUCCAGCACCACAGUCGAUCUAGCCAGCCAAUCAACCGCCACCAUUCCACUGUAACACAGAGUUCUGCUCAGCUGUCCCGCAGUGUUCAGCAGACAGCAGCGGCCCUGCGCGGUGUUUCUCACUCCUUCUCUCCGGCCUCUCAGCUCCAGAACGCUGUGGCAGCUGCCGCGCUGGUCAGCAGGCCAGGUAAGCAUGCUGUGCUUCAGGGGUCAAAGGUCAGCAGCAGCAGUGCCAGCAGCAGGACCUCUAAGACCGUGAACUCCUCCACCUGGAGGAAGCGGAACAACGCAACACCAGGUGUGACUAUGGCCUACGUAAACCCCAGCCUGCCCGUGCACAAGUCCACAUCGUCGGCGGUGGAGCGUCAGAGAGAGUACCUGUUAGACAUGAUCCCCUCGAGAUCCAUCUCCCAGACUGCAAACACGUGGAAAUAACCCGGCCACGCGUCCCCUUCAGACGAGCUUUCCUCACCAUCACACACACUCCUCACCUGGAGUCCUGGAACAGCUCUAGGAACGGCUCGAGACCCUCGGAGAUUCGUGUGGGAUUAUGGAAGCGCUCUAGAGGCUCCGGAGUCUCGCUUUCAAUCGUGGAACGUAUUCUGAAGAAAAGCUUUCGGCUUCUAUUACAGCAGAUUUUCCUCAAUCACCUGGCUUCUGAUUUCUUUUUUUUUUUUUCUCUCCCCCUUUUUCAUGUGUGUCUUUAGAAAAAAAGAAUAAAGUUUGACCGUUGUGCAAGAACAGUGAUGUAUAUUAUUAAAGCAAUAGGCCCCGGAUCCACCGUCAUCCUGACCAGUAACUGAAGAUGAAUGGGGAAAAAUGGUUAAAGGGCUUCCACUUGUGCUUUGCUGCCAGGUUGUAAAUGUCAGUAGAGACUCGUGUUUGUAAGCCUGAACAUGACUGUGUUACUCGAGUACUCCGUACUCCUGGAGAUGACGUGCUGCGAAUCUUUUGGAUUCGAGACACAAAGCGAGAGACAGUGUCUGUUCUCCAUAUGGAUCGCGGAACUUUCAUUUCUUUGGAAGAAAAAAAAAAAACAGUUCAAUAGGUUUUCCUUAAAAUAAUAAUAAAAAAAGACUGAAAAAAAAAAAAUAAAGAUGAAUAAAUCUUAAGUUACAAACUAAAAGCCAGCAGUGCUACAUGAAGAGCCCUUUUUGUCUAAAGGCAGUUUUUUUGAUUGUAACUUAUACAGCUAAUCGAGUCCGAGCUUGACUGGACUCGUCUCUUUAAAGACUUUGUGCUUCAAAAAACUGUUUUGUCUUUUAUUUUUCUUCUUCUUUUUCCCCUUGCAUUUAGUUUCUUUAGGUCGGAGUCACAGUCUGCUCAUUUCGAGGCGUGUUUCCGUCUCAGUAACACACGAUGGCCCUAAACACAUGCUUAAUGAUUUCACUGAUGCAACAUGCAGUCCCCUUUUUUCUUCUCCUAAACAAGUCUGAGGGUUUUUUUCAUUUUAUCUUAUUUUAUUUCAAAUGUUCCUCACGUAACUUCUGUUCAAAUCGAAAGACGAAAAGAAAAAUCCAUUAUUCUAACUGAACAGUCCUUUACAGAAACCUGUGCAUGAUGGUUUGGAGACUUGAUUGUGUUUGUGUGUCGGUGUUUAAUUCCAGUCCACUUGAUUUGCGUCCUCGUAUUUAUGGUUUGUGUUACCCCCCCCCCCCCCCCCCCCCCCCAUUUGAUGUUCACAGUGGUUUUCAGCAGGUUAAGGAACAACGCUUCAUAAUUUGACCAGUUUUCCAAAACCCUUAAUUAUCACAGAUUGUGAAGCUGGCCUGUAUUUAUUAGUAAAAUAAAGCUUUCCUCACAAACAUCACUGAGAGCAAAUGGAUUUGAGACGUUUCUGUUAGCACAUCUGACUUUCUUGUUUUUUUUUUUUUGUUUUUGUUUUUUUUUUUAUAUAAAUAUGACUGUUCUACUGUCAUCUCACCCUGUUUCUCUUUGUGUUUUAAAUCAUUGAAGUCUCAUAUUACACUUUAUAUAUAGUCAUCGUGUUUGCCAUUUGUUCGGUUCCCUGACCCCACAGAUGCAUUUCGUCCUCGGUGUGGAUGCUGUACCGUUCAGCUGAUAGGAGACGGAGGCGUCCUCAGCGUCUCUGCUUGAUGAUGUCACGCCACUCUGUUUCAGGGCUUUAAUAACAGUUCUAGCUUCCUCCGGUUCCACCGCACUGUACAAACUCAUGUUACGAUUGGUUAGGUUUACUUUUGUUUCCCAGUUUGAGAAGUAAUAAUAAAAGAAUUUUAACCCUUCCA